AUGUCUGGAAAUGACAGAUGGAUGUGCCCACAGUGCUCUUCCCUUCAAGACAGUACCCGGGAAAGUGUCUUAACCCAGUGUGGAGAUAUACUGAAAAGGUUUAACUGUAUCCAAGGAAGAUCUGUGAAAAAUAAUAAAUUUGUUUCUUGCCUCGCCCAAGGUCACGACACCCUAAAAGUUUAUUCCCAUCCUGCGGAGGAUAUAUCAUUCACAAACCAAUAUAAAUUAACCGCCACUAUUAAUCACUCAGGCACACUGGCGGCUGGUCACUACUGGGCUUUCAUAAGAGAUCAGGGUGUUAAUACAUGGUUAAAAUGUGAUGAUAGGGCAGUGAUUAGUGUCAAGCCAUCUGAUCUAGAUAACUCCACAGUGUAUGUGCUAUUUUUUGUCAAAAUCUAA